ACCUACGAGUGUUGCCCUGGUUACGAGAAGAUCCCUGGAGAGAAGGGCUGUCCUGCAGCGCUGCCUCUGGUGAACAUCUACAACACGCUGGGCGUCGUCGGGGCGACCACGACUCAGAUGUACUCCGACCGAGCGAAGCUGAGAGACGAGAUCGAAGGUCCAGGAAGCUUCACGUUCUUCGCCCCGAGCAACGAGGCCUGGGCCGCCCUGCCCACCGAGAUCCUCGACGCUCUGGUGAGCAACGUGAACAUCGAGCUGCUCAACGCUCUUCAUUACCACAUGGUGAACCGCCGGCUGACCUCCGAGGAGCUCCGACACGGAUCCUCCUUUGCCUCCAUGUACCAGGACUUCCACGUCCACAUCCACCACUACUCCAACGGGAUUGUGACGGUGAACUGCGCUCGUCUGAUCAAACCUGACCAACACGCCACCAACGGCAUCGUGCACGUGGUCGACCGCGUCAUCACCGCCAUCUCCAACAACGUGCACACGCUCAUCGAUGUCGACGACGACCUGGAAACACUGCGUACGGCCAUCGCUGCCGCAGGUCUGACCAACAUCUUGGAGAGCGAGGGUCAGUACACCAUCUUCGCUCCCACCAACGAAGCCUUUGAGAAGAUUCCUCCACAGACCCUGAACAGGAUCCUGGGAGACCCUGUGGCUCUGAAAGACCUGCUGAACUACCACAUCCUGAAGAACAUGCAGUGUGCAGAGUCCAUCGUGUCGGGGACGCCGAUGGAGACGCUGCAGGGCACCGUGCUGGAGGUCGGCUGUGACGGAGACCAGAUGACUCUGAACGGGAAAGCCAUCAUCACCAAGAAGGACCAGCUGGGAACCAACGGAGUCAUCCACUACAUCAACGAGCUGCUCAUCCCAGACUCAGCCAAAACUCUCCUGGAGCUCGCCGAAGGUUCAACUGUUGCCACGGCAACCAAGCUUUUCGUUGACGCCGGCCUGAGCUCUCACCUGACGGGCUCGGAGGCUCUGACCAUGCUGGCUCCUCUGAACGACGGCUUCAAAGGAAGUCUGACGAUGACGCCCGACAUGAGGAGGCUGAUGACCAAUCACAUCCUGAAGGAGCAGCUGUCCUCCAAGUCUCUGUAUGACGGUCAGGAGCUGGAGACGCUCGGAGGACUCAAACUCAGAGUCUUCGUCUACAGAAACAACCUCUGCAUCGAGAACGCCUGCAUCGCCGCCCAUGAUAAGUUAGGACGCUAUGCCACCAUGUUCACCGUGGACAAAGUUCUCACCCCCCCGAUGGGAACCGUGAUGGACGUGCUGAAGGCUGACGACCGCUUCAGCCUCCUGGUCGGUGUGAUCCAGACGGCAGGUAUGACGGAGCAGCUGAACAAGCAGGGGGGGUUGAUGACCUUCUUCGCUCCCACCAACGACGCCUUCAACGCGAUGCCAAAGCCUGAAUUCAGCAGACUGAUGCGAAACCCUCAGGAGCUGUCAGCGGUGCUCAGGUAUCACCUCGGUGAAGGGAUGCUGGUGAGCGGAGGCGUCAGUGGAUCUCACACCAGACUGAAACCUCUGCAGGGAGACAAGCUGGAGCUCGGCGUGCGGAACCAAACCGUCUACGUUAACAGGAUCCCAGUGGCCGACGCUGACCUGAUGGCGACUAACGGAGUCGUUCACGCCAUGAACAGCAUCAUCAAACCUCUGCCAGUGAGGGUUGACCGUGAACAGGCGGACGGACCUGCAGCUCCGCUCAGAUCAGCUGCUGCCUCCAGGGUCGACUCCAGGAGCUUCAGAGACGAUGAUCUUUUCCAGAAGGUGCUGAAGAGUCGCUCCAGCAGGACGAUGAACCUCAGCCGUUAAACCGAGCGAGAGGACGAGACACACGUCCCAACUCAACAUCUGAGCAACCAAAGAAGAAGAAG